AUGUCAGGUCAUGAACCAAGUCCACUCAUUCCCAUUGAAAAAAAGAAGUUCCUGUGUGUGGAAUACCCGGGUUACGUAAAGAAACCAGAGCGAGCCAUCAAGACAUUAGGGGGAGAGAGUGCGUUGAGCGAAGCAUUAUCAAACAACUGGCAAGUUCAAUUGAGAUACAGAGCUAAAGACAUCUUUUCGCACCCGAUCAAUGGUGAUGUACUGGACUCAUGCAAACUGCUGGUUAAGGUCACUAGACGAGUCAAGAGGAGCAAAAAGACGGGAGAGGUUGUGGAGGACGAUUCGCCAUGGCAGCAUCAAGUCGUAGGCACUGUGGAGAAAACCGUGCGAUUCAGAGCGCUGGCUGAUUUCCAGUACAUUGUUCCCAAAGACGACAAGAUACGGCAAUUAAAGACAGCUAUAAGCGGUGGAGAUGUGGAAACAAUCAUGAAUUACAAGAUACCUGUUGAUGACGAUGACUUUGAGAAUCUUCGCAACAUUCCACCUCCCGUAUUUACAACUGUAGAAACACCAUUCAACUAUAGCUAUAAACAGAAUGCUUCUGUGGUUCGAGUGAGAGUGAGACAGCCUGAUGGAUCAUUCAGCAUCAAGUUGAUUAAUCGCAAUAAAUACCAAGCCCUAGAGACCACAAGCAUACAGUACGAAGACGAGAACGUCCCUUCUAAAUCAUGGCACAACCUGAAGCCUCCAGUCGCAGAUUUGGAGAUCGAGGCAAUUCAAGCUACCAAAGACUUGUUUGAAGAGCGUCCUAUUUGGUCUCGUUUUGCAAUCAAAAACAAAUUGGAUGUCAAAUAUCACAAGUUGAUAAAGAAGGCGCUUGCACACGUAGCUUACACAUUUCAAAACGGUGCCUGGCGUGAUGCCUGGAUCAAGUAUGGCUUGGAUCCGAGGAAAGAUCCCAAAUACUACAUUUAUCAGCUAGUGGACAUCAGACGAUUUGUAAAAGAAGGGUCGCAAAGGAAGAUCAUGUCGAGAAGAGCAAACCCAAAUGCCAUUCGAACGAGAGGCUCACACGUUCAGUCCAAUGUGGAACCAGAUCAGCAUUUAUUUGAUGGUAUAAGAAAGCCUGGCUCAUCUUCUGUGUAUCAAUUCUGCGAUAUUACAGAUCCUGAUAUUAUGCCUCUCUUCCAGAACCCAGAUCAUCGCAAGGAGUAUACCACGAAAUACUCUGGGUUUCUCUACAAUUGCGUUUUCGAGCGUCUGCGAAAAAACCUCAAGAAGAAGUAUGCUGAAUUACUGGACAAGGGUGUCGCUCAGCGUAUACACAACAUCGAUGCAGGAUUAGCUGAAGAGAUAGCCAAAGAGAUUGCUUCCCAGAAAGAUAAUAAUGGAGACGAACAGGGUUAUGAAGUGGAUGUAGAGGAGGACGAUAACAUGUUGACAGAUGCUGAUGUUCGGAAGGCAGCUACAUAUGCCAUCCAUGCUGUAAAUAAUGGCGAAGGGUCGAGUAAACGAUUGCAAGAAUUUGCAGAUGAGUAUAUCGACCAGUUGGAAUCGGCAAACAAAAGUCUGGCCAAUGAUCUUGAAGACAUUGAUUUGGACAUGAUUGACACAUUCGAAGAGUUUGAUGAUGAUGACGAUUUCAAUGAACUGGAGGAUGAGGAACCCAUGACCAGCAACAGCCAGCGAACUGAAGACAUGGAUGGCGAUGUAGAGAUGAAAGAAUAG